AUGCGGGAUUUGGAAUCGGGUGAUAGCUGGAAAUUUUACAAAGACGACUGGGAAGAGAGUCCAAAAUCUGUAAAUGCAGUAACUACAAGAAGUACGAUGCCACCUUAUUCCAGUACAGACGUUUGGAGUGCGUGGCCGAAGGAAUUUGUUGAUACAAUAUCGCACAGCCGAGCCGUCGAAAGCGGCAUUACUCUUGGAUCUGUGCUCGCCAUCAGCUUGCAAGAUCUAAAUGCUGGGUAUAGCUCCACAGCUGCGAAGGGUCUCCAGAAGAAGCUGUUGAACAGAAAUCCAGAAUUAAAGAUCCGUGUAAGAGUGGUAGGAAAUGUCCUAUAUAUGUUGGCAAGUCAAACAUCGAAGCCCGAGUCCAUCAGGAGUAUCGAAAAGUUCCUAUUAGCAGAGCUGGACUGA